UAUAUUGUAAUGUAAGAACAAUUACUUAUAGAUAUGUCCAAAAAUGUUAAAUUUGGAAUUUGAAGACUGGUUCACUCUUGAUUAAAAUUCUAGGACGAAAAUCAAAAGAAACCACCAAAUCUCCACUAUGUCCUCCCGCAGCUUUUAUGGUGCUCCGAAAAAGCGGAAACGGCUGAUUUUAAAAAAUGGAGAAAUAGACACUGAAACACGGACCCUGACUUGGUGGAACCCGUUCAAUUUUGACAACGCCAUGACCUACAACUGGGUGACCAUAGUACUCCUCUACAUCAUCGUGUUCCUGGUCUCAUGGUUCAUCUUCGCCGUGCUCUACUACACCCUGGAUAAUACGGACAGGGUCGAGGGGAAGGAGAAAUCACUCUGCCUGGAUAACGUUAAAACAUUCGCAGAGGCUCUUCUCUUCAGUAUAGAGACACAGCAGACUAUUGGUUAUGGAACCCGAGCUGUAACAGAUAAAUGUUUGGUUGCUUCUAUGGUUGUUACAGUGCACAGUUUGUUUGGUAUGGUUCUCAGUAGUAUAAUGACAGGACUGCUUCUUAACAAGUUUACUCAGACUAGUUCUAAACACUGGGGCGUGUUCUUCAGUAAGAAGGCGUUGAUCAUGCUUCGUGGGAAAAGUCUCUACCUGGCGAUCAGGGUUGCAGAUGUUCAGGAGACCAAACUCAGGGAUGCAGAGAUUGAAGCUUUGUUUUUCUCUGCUGUAGAAACCCAGGAAGGAGAAGUAUUGAACGAGCAACCAACCUCCUUCCAGUUCGGAUUCCAGAUGGAUGGAACUAACGCUAGGAUUCCUCUACUCUGGCCGACCAUACUCGUUCAUAAGAUUGACGUGUUCAGUCCGUUGUACCGACUGAACAAGGACGGGUUGGAGAAGGCGGAGUUCGAGAUAGUUGUCUGGUUGACGGGGAACUCAAGUGAUAACGGAGCAUUUAUCCAGAUCAGGACCUCCUAUACACCUGAAGAUAUUGUGUGGGGAGCUAAGUUCUCUCACAAACCUGUUGUUGAAUAUGAAACCCAUCUCUCUGCAGUCUACUCAGAGGAGACAAUCAGUAAAUAUACAGAAACCGAUCUUCCAAACCUAUCCGCCGAGAACAUGGAGAAACAGGGUUUAAUUCAAGAACCUCAGAUAGAUUCAGCUUUAGAUUUAGCCUAGAAAACAUGUAAUGAACUUUUAAAUGUAAAAAUUUGUAUUCAUAAUUUAUCAAAUUAAAUAUGAAAGGUGUUGCUAGUCUGGAAUCAACAAAUUAAUUUUAUGAUUUUAUUUCGAUUUAAUUUUUUUCUGAUAACAAUAAAUUGUAUUUAUGUA